AUGCAGUGGGCCUUCCUCUCCCCCGUCUUCCAGCCCGCCUCAAAGCCGGGCGACACGCGGCCGCACCUCGGCGAGCGGGCGGUGGUGGCGGCGCAGGCGGCGCACCCGGGGCUGACGCUGCACGCGCUCGGCGGGGUGACGCCCGAGGCGGCGGUGCGGCUCACCCGCGACGGCGUCGGCGGGGUCUGCGUGCUCGGCGGCGUGUGGACAGUGCGGCCCGACGGCUCGGCCGAGGCGGACGUGCGGGCGGCCGAGCGGUAUAUCCGGAAUGCCGGAUAUUUAUGCAACGCCACACCCACAACAACGGUGGUGGCUGGUGCUCGGUCGUCGGUGGCACGUAAGGCCAAAGGCAACUCGGAUACACCGUCGCAUGGGUAA